GAUGAGUAUCAACCAAGGAAAAAGCAUUUUGCUGAAAUACUGAUGGAGAUUCUAAAAUCUUUGCUCCACGCUCUAAAUUCUGUUACCAUGUUGGACCUUUUUUUUGUUCUGCUGGUCAUGUAUCUGAUAUACUCAGUGAUUUUCUUUUCCAAAGGGAAUAGUAAAGAGCCACCAGGUCCAAUACCCCUUCCCUUGCUUGGAAACCUGCUGCAGCUUGAUUUAAACAGACCCUUCUACACGUUAUUGGAGUUCUCCAAGAAAUAUGGAUCAGUCUUCACUGUGUAUUUUGGUCCCAAAAAAGUGGUGGUCCUGGCAGGAUACAGGACAGUGAAAGACGCCCUUGUUAACCAUGAUGAAGUGUUUGGAGAAAGAGAUGCGUUACAAAUCAUGCAAGAACUUAAUAAAGGACAUGGUAGGAAAAGAAAAAAAGACAAAGCACAUAUAUCCCGCACUCUUUCUAGCUAUUCUCUUAUCUACAUCUUAGGAUUGUUGUGGACCAAUGGUGACACAUGGAGAGAAAUGCGACGCUUCACUUUGAGUAACCUCAGGGACUUUGGGAUGGGUAAAAAAGUGUGUGAGGGAAAAAUCACUGAGGAAUGUCUGCACCUGAUUGAACUUUUGAAAGAUUAUAAAGGAAAGCCUUUUGAUACAAGCCAACCGAUAACCUUUGCAGCCGCUAACAUGAUCUGUUUAAUGGUUUAUGGGAGCAGAUUUGAAUAUGAUGAUCCAGAAUUUAAAUGUAUGGUACAUCGAAUAUCCAAAAUGAACAACCUUUUUGGCUCCACUUCACUUCAGGCCUACAAUCUGUAUCCAUUACUUUUCAAGUGGGUUGCCAACAGAAAGGAGGUGUUCAAUGUGGCUGCUGCUAACAGGAAGCAAAAUGUUGCCUUAUUCAGUCAUUUGAAAAAGACCCUCAACCCAGAGACGUGCAGAGGAUUAGUCGAUGCUUUUCUUGUUCAUAAGAAAAAACUGAAGGAAUCUGGCAUUAACGACAGCCCAUUCAACAAUGAAAACCUCUUAAUGAUGACUACAAACUUGUUCAACGCCGGCACUGAAACGACAGCCACCACUCUAAGAUGGGGUCUUCUUCUUAUGGCCAAAUAUCCAAAGAUACAAGAGCAGGUCCAUGAGGAGCUGAGGAAGGUGAUAGGAGAUCGUCAGGUCCAGGUAGCAGACAGAAGGAGUCUGCCCUUCACUGAUGCCGUUAUCCACGAGACUCAAAGAUUGGUCAACGUUAUUCCUGCUGGACUUCCUCAUAAAACCAGCAGAGACAUCACAUUUCAGGGUUACCUAAUAAAGAAGGGCACUACGGUUUAUCCUCUCCUGACUUCUGUCCUCCAUGAUCCCAGUGAGUGGGAGAAACCCCACAGCUUUCAUCCUGCUCAUUUUCUGGACAAAGAAGGAAAAUUUGUCAAGCGUGAUGCCUUCAUGCCAUUUUCUGCAGGCCGCAGGAUUUGUCUUGCAGAGAGUUUAGCCAGGAUGGAGCUUUUUCUCUUCUUUACCACCCUGCUGCAGCAUUUCCGCUUCACUCCUGCACCCGGAGUCACAGAAGACGAACUGGUUCUGACUGUACAAGGAGGCCUCACUUUCGGCCCUUUACCUCAUAAACUCUGUGCUGUUUCUCGGAUGUGAAGAGGAAGAGCCAGAUAAAUCAAACCUGACAAAACAAAUAGUCAUGAAUAGUUCUUGUAGAAUUGAUCUGUUUAGUGAAGGUUACCUCCUGAAAAGAACAACCUCGAAAAAAAAAAAAUUUAUGAAACAAACUGUUAAAGCUUACAGAAGCAGCUGCUUAGCAACCAGGCUGGCUUUCUGUUACAGUGGCCUCGAAUCACAAGUCAUAUUUAAAUUUCAAAUCAUUCUGGCUAAAACAUAUAUAUAAAUGUACUCUUUAACAGAUGAUAUUGUCCCAAAAGUUAGAAAAUUUCUAUUUAAAAAAAAAAAAGAUCCUGUCUUAAAAUCUGUGGUUCUUCCCCGUCAUCUUAUGCAGGCCAAUUAGUUAUAUGUCAGCCCGAACACC